UAAGUACCGACAGCUGGCGCCAGGGGCUUGGCAUGCCGAGAGUGCCAAUCUGGCACCUGGGACAAGGGUUGCUACAGUGACGGCUGCGGCCCCAAAUAUUGGGGGGAGUGGAAGGAAACAAGUUGCCACAGAUACGGAACAAUCUGGCCCUGGUUGCCAGCCGCGCGCCGCAAUCAGCCCCUCAUCCCGCACCCGACGCGCUGCUGCAGCCUGCAAGGUCACCCACCGCUCGACAACGACAACCCGACGUCAACAGGUAAGACAAGAAAGAGAUUCGCGACAAAACACGACCAAGACACACUUUGGGCCUGUAACAGUCCCAACUUCUUCAAAACACCGCGCUGCUGCCGAGGCUGGCAGCGUCUUGCACAUGCAAGCAUGGCGUCGGACGACUUGAUCGACUUCGACAUCAUCGAGGGGCAGAAAGAAAACAUCCAGGCGCUCCCUAGCGGGCGGUCGGCCAAGAAGCUUGCCGAGCUCUUCUCGGCGAACCCCCUGCAGAAACAGCUGACGCCGACACCGUCACACACCAAAACCGUCAACGACAGCAUCCGGGAAGAGUUUGAGGCUGAGAUCACGGCCCUCGCAGAGUCAGACGACCCGCUCGACGUCUACGACCGUUAUGUACGCUGGACACUGGACGCGUAUCCGUCGGCGCAGGCAACACCACAGUCACAGCUGCACACGGUCCUCGAGCGUGCGACCAAGGCCUUUAUAAACGCGCCGCAGUACAAGAACGACCCGCGCUACCUCAAGCUAUGGCUGCACUACAUCCAGCUCUUCUCAGACGCGCCGCGCGAGACGUUCGUCUUCCUGUCGCGCCACUCGAUUGGCGAGACCCUCGCGCUGUUCUACGAGGAGUAUGCCGCCUGGCUCGAGGCCGCCGGCCGCUGGGCGCAGGCUGAGGAGGUGUACAAGAUGGGCAUCGAGCGCGAGGCACGGCCCACGUCGCGCCUGCUACGCAAGUUUGGCGAAUUUGAACAGCGACGGGCCCAGCUGCCCGAUGCUGAUGCCGACGGCCCUUCGUCGCCAGCUCUGCCGACAGUUCGCCCGGCCCUCGCAGCAAAGAUUGACCCCUUUGCCGCCGCCGCCGCUGCUGCGGCGGCCGCUCGCGACCCCCAGGCUCCCAGACCAAACAACGGAAUCGGAGGACCAGCUGCGAAGCCUGGCCGGACAAAGCUGGCAAUCUUCUCGGAUGCAGACGCGGCUGCCGCUCCCUCGGCCCUGCCGGUGCGACCAGCCGGGUCUAAGGGGUGGGAGAGCAUCGGCUCGCUGGCGGACCGCAAGAAGGAGAACGUGAUGGAGGCGAAGUCGUGGGCGGGAGAGACGCUCAAGGCUGGCGGAAAGAAGAGCGCGGCGCCCAAGAUGGCUAUCUUCAAGGACACGUCUCAGUCUCAGUCUCAGCUUCAGCCUCAAGCGCAGUCUCAAGCACAGUCUCCGCAGGUUUCCCAGUCGCACAUUGCUAUCCAUCAUUCCAAGGUCCAGGUCACAGUGAACCCUACUACGGGCAAGCGAGAGCGCAUAUUUGUCGACCUACGUUCUGUCUACCCGACGCCCGAUGUGCCCGGCACUGAACUGAGCUUUGAGGAGGUCUGGGCUGCCAACCGCGGCUGGCUGGACUAUAGGUGGGAGGAUGAGCCGUCGCUCGCGGCAACUCCCCGGGAGGACGAAAACAGGCUGCCCGACGUGAUUGUGCGUGAGGAGGAAGUGACUGAAAAGCUAGUAGUGCUCCACGAUGUUGUGAGACUUGACGAGAACGGCGCUCCCAUCUACCCCAGAGAGAGCAAGCCGAAGAAGAAGAAGGUGGUCGAGGUCAACGAGACCCAGAUAAUCAAGGCCAAGCUGGACUCGCCCUCGGGCCCAAAGAUGAGGAAGAAGCACCUCUCGGCAGAGCCGACCAUGACUCUGCACACCAGGGCCGCGACUGACGACAUUUACGAAAUUUUCAAUGCGCCGCUGAAACCCGCCGGACUAGAGGAGGGAAGCGACGAUGAGAACGGCUACGAGACAGACGACUACACGAGUGGCGCUGAGAGCACCGGUACUACUACGCGCAACAUCUCCACCAGCGAAGCCGGAGACGUAGACGAGGACGAAGCACCCGAGGAAGCGCCCGACGACGAGACGUCGGACGUCAAGAGCGUGAGCGAGUGGUCAGACUUUUCUACGCGGAAACACAUCCCGGGACUCGACCUCGACGAGGGCGUGGAAGCCGCGCGCGACGACCAGCACGACGACACGCAGCUGUCGGACCUGAUUGACAUUCACCAGAAUCACGACGGGUCUUCGUUUGGCGAGCCGGCGGGGAGCAGUAGGCACUGGCGGCAGCUGAGCGAGAACUCAGAGGAAGGUGACAGGAUGGUGACUCCGGUCACGGACAACUUCCCCGGCGAGCUGCGAGGCACCAGCACCAGCAGCACCGUCUUCGUGCCCAUCCCGCCCGAGGACUACGUUCCGUCGCGGAGGACUUACAGGGACCCAGUCGAGAUGGCUAACAACCGCCUCCCCUUUAUGACCCCCAUCACGGAGCGCACCGAGUCGUCGCUCGACAUCACGUCGGACCAGAGCCGCCACGCGCUCCACGCCAAAACGCCUUCUAAGAGAGACGCGGCGGGCAGAGAGGUGAUUCUGGUCGAGGAUCACGACGAGGAUGAGGAGAGCUCCGACCUGGAGCCGCUCAGCAGCCCGUUGCGCGGCGUGAUGGACUCGGACGACAAUGAGGAGCUUUCCGACAAUAGCGACGACAAGGCCGUAGCCGCUGUCGCCGCCGCCAUGACCCCCGCGCUCGUUCCCGAGGUAAAGAAAGCCAGCGCAGCCGCCUGGCCAACGCCUCUCCCCGCGGAAGCCGCACUCAUCCCCACGCAGCCCAUCAUCCAGGACCUGCAGUGCAACCCCGUCGACGACAGCGUGCGGGCCGAGAUCCUAGCCAAGAUGCAGCCGCCGCUGGGCGCGUACGAGGGCUUCUACGACCACCGCGGCGAGCGGUUCGCGCGCGGCGCUGAGAUCCGCAAGUUCGCCAAGGCGCUCAUGAGCCGCAGCAAGCGCCGCAGCAGCAGCAGCGACAACAACAAGACGGCUACCCUCGGCGGCGCCCCCAUCGUGCUGCACUUCCCCGAGACCCCCGGCGUCGAGUACACGGUGCGCCGCGAGCUUGGCAAGGGCGCCUUCGCCCCCGUGUACCUAGUCGAGAACUCGUGUCCGACGGUUAAGGGCGAUGGCGACGACGACGCAGAGGCAGACCUGAUGGACUUUAGCGAGCCACAGGACGCCAACAACAACAAGACGCUGGUGACCACUGCUACUGCGGCCGGAACACAACAGCGGUACCGCCGCCGAGAGCGCGAGGCACUCAAGAUGGAGGACCCGCCGUCGGCGUGGGAGUUCUACAUGAUGCGGCUCGCGCACGCGCGGCUGGGCAGCAGCGAGCGGGCAACGGCCUCGCUGUCCCCCGCGCUCGCCCUGCACCUGUACCAGGACGAGGGGUUCCUGUUCCUGCCGUUCCACGCCCACGGCACGCUGCUUGACGUGGUCAACCUGUUCCGCGGCGAGGCAUCGGGCGUUAUGGACGAGGCGCUGGCCAUGUUUUUCGCCGUCGAACUCUUGAGGACUGUCGAGGCGCUGCACGCGCGCCAGCUGCUGCACGGCGACGUGAAAGCCGACAACUGCCUCCUGCGGCUCGACUCCUUUGGGAGCGUCACAUCCGCGUGGCGCGCCGACGGCGCCGGCGGCUGGGCGGCGCGCGGCCUCACGCUGAUCGACUUUGGCCGCGCCAUCGACAUGGCCGCGUUUAAGCCGGAUGUGCAGUUCGUCGCCGACUGGAAGACCACCGCGCAGGACUGCGCCGAGAUGCGCGACGGCAGGCCUUGGACCUGGCAGAUCGAUUAUCAUGGGCUUGCGGGGACUAUUCACUGCUUGCUGUUUGGCAAGUACAUCGAGACGGUGCCCACGGCGGUGGGUUCGGGUGGUGUGGGGAGUAAUGCCCGCCGGUAUAAGAUCCGCGAGAGCCUUAAGCGGUACUGGCAGACGGAUAUCUGGGGGGACUGCUUUGAUUUGCUGCUUAAUCCGGUGGCGCAUGUUUCUGCGUAUGCUGGUGGUGGUGGUGGUGGUGGUGUGCGUGUGAUGCCGGUUCUGCAUGGCAUGCGUGCUGUUCGCAGACGCAUGGAGCACUGGCUCGAGGCUAAUUCGGAGCGCGGCGUCGGUCUGCGUAGCUUGAUGGCCAAGGUCGAGGCCUGGGCGAGGGGGGGCCGGCGUUGAGGGUCUUGGUCUGUCUCUCUUGCCUCGCUAUGGUGUCUCAUGCAUGGCUUUUGGGUUUUUUUUUUAUUUCCUUCUCGUCUGGUGGUUUCAUGGACCAGGUAGCGGUUGGUCAUGCUUUCUUGGACUGCCUGGCGAUGGUGGCUGACGAAUGGUGACUGGCGCAUGGAGACUCACCAUUUUCUGCAGCACUUCUGGGGUCUCCCCUCACUUUCUUUCUCUCUUUCUUUUCCAUACCUCCGGCUGCUAUCAAUGGGCAGCCAGUCUCUUUAUAGCAACCGGUGGAUAUCAUAGCGUCGGACAAAAGGAGGAGAGAGACGGGUGGAUAGAGAU